AUGAAAUAUCAAUGCAAUACCUCUGAUUGUUCAGCUUCGAUCAAUGUUUCUUACUCAAAUCUUCGACAAUGUCAAAUCCUUUGUUUAAGCAAUACACAGUGCUGCACAAUAUCGUAUGAGAAAAUGACGAAACGGUGUGAAUUAUUUUCUAACCUACCGAGUCAAUAUGGUCAAUUAAUAGCGCAAGCAGGUGUCAUAACUAUGAUAGCAAUCUCUGGUAGAUCACCAUUCAUGCCAAGUACGGCGAAUCCAACGGUCACCAGCACAACGACAAUCUCAACGACUGCAAUGACCGCGAGCUCAUCAGCCACUACUAUCACUUCCAUGAUUACGCGAAAUUUGAUAAAGAAUGGCGACGCCGAAACCGGCAGCUGUACACCGUUUACUGCUCAAGCAAGUCCCCCAUUAUGGUUUGUUAAUGGGAGUCUUUCACAAACGUUCUAUAAUGGUACUGCUUUGAAUGCAUUUCUAAAAUCAAGUCCAACACCGAGUGAUUAUGGAAAUUGUUAUUUUGGAGGUUAUACAUCGGCAUCUACAACAAUGCAACAAACAGGAGAUGUAAAUGAUUAUAUUAAUUUCGGACCUAUUAACAAUCGUACAGUGAAGUUCAGUUUCUCUGCAUGGCUUGGUGGAUAUAUAAAUCAAGAUGAUAAUGCACGAAUUAGUUUGACUUUUAGUAAUGCAACAUAUGCCAUGGUGGGAAGUGUAUCUACCCUUGGACCAGUUCUCGCUGCAGAUCGAAAAAAUGUGACAACGCUUUUAUUUCGACAGGUUAAUGGUACAGUACCAGCUAGAGCUCGCUAUUUCACAGUAUUAAUGACUAUGGUCACGACUGUAGGAGGUUAUAAUAGUGCUACAGCUGAUAAUAUUUGUCUAAUUCUUUAUGUGUAA